CGCGCCUCUUCUUCAACUUGUUACUGAACAAAAUGAAUGAAUAUGAGGAACAGCGUUUAAAAAACAUCGAACGCAAUAGACAGCUUUUACAGCAGCUUGACAUAUUACGCGCAAAAGAUGAUACUUUUGACAUUCCAUCCACUACCACCGCACUCCCCAAACGCAGAAUCGUUGAAAACUCACAGCGAGCCGUAGGCAAGCCGAAAAAGCUGAAAGUUGAACUGCCACCAGCAAGAAAAUCAACUCGACUCCGUGGGUUGCCGGCACCGGACAUGCAAGUAGAAGUUGAUAAGGAAAAUCAUAUAGAGAUCACGCAACAAGAGGAAUCGGUUGAUGAUGACCUUUGGGACGGUAAACUACUGACGGCGGAUGAAUACUUCAAUGAAGAUGUCAAGAAAAAUGCAAUACGCACAGACGGCCACUUUCGCGGUUGGUUGAGCGAGGAGCUUAUGAAAAAGCAUGGAUUCGAAGGCAAUGCUGCCGACUGCUGGGAAAAGAACGGAGGUGGCAAAUUUUCUUACAAGGACCCACUGGGCACUGGCAAGAAAUCCACUGGCAGGUCGCAAAGAACAAGUGCAAAGGCGAUAGCGCAGAUGAUGUGGAAAAAGAAUCCAAACAUGUAUUUCUACCGACAUAAUGAACCAGGAAUCGAACAAUGGACUGGUGACUGGACUGAGGAUGAAAAAUCUAUAUUUCUUGAAGAGCAUGGAUGCGGAGAUAAGUGGGGCAUAUUUGCAAGUUAUAUUUCACACCGCGUCGGCUAUCAGUGUAGCAAUUUUUACAGGAGUGAAAUUAUACCCAGUGGAUUGAUAUUUGACGAUAACUAUCAAUUUACACCGUCCGGAAGACCAGUAUAUGUUGGCGCUCAUCGAUCAAAUAAAAACGAAUAAACCAGGAGAGCCCCGAACACCCUAGUAUUAUACUUCGACUUUUGUAACAUAUUUGAGCAGUAGUUUUUAAUAAAGCCGACAUUAGCUGUUGCGGCAACGGUCAUAGCUUAUGAUGCAAGAUUUUUUAACGAAGUAGCUGAAAGUCACCGGAUACUUACUACUGUAGCUUCCGUAUAGUUUAC